AUGUCUUUGUCCAAGCCGGAGGAGCUCCUAGCCCAAGAGCUGAGCUGCCCCAUCUGCCUCCAGCUCUUCUCUGAUCCGGUGGUUCUCCCCUGUGGCCACAACUACUGUCUAGCCUGCAUCUGCAAGACCGUCGACAAGAUGGACAAAACACUUCCACGUUGCCCAGAGUGCCGCGAGGAGUAUCAGGGUGUGGACUCCCUGAAGAAAAACUUCAAGCUCUGCAGCAUCAUCGAGGGUUACCAAGCCACCGCGCCGCAUCGGGAAUGGCAGCCUGAGAACGAGCCCCUGAGGGCGGAGGUCCUCUGCGACCACUGCAUCGACAAAGAAUCGCCGGCUGUGAAGACCUGCCUGAGGUGUCAGGUGUCUCUGUGCUCCGGGCACCUCCAAAGACACCAGGAGAAGGAGUGGCUGAGGGCGCACACUGUGGUGGACCCCCUGAAGCUGGGGACGACCAGCUGCGCCACCCACCGGCGUCCCCUCGAGUACUUUUGUUCCAGCGACAUGAGCUUGAUGUGCGACACGUGCUUCAUAGAGGGCCGUCACCAGAACCACGAUGUCCUCACCUUUGGCGCAGCAGAAGAGGAGAUGAGACGAGCCUUGGAGAACCGCAGCAAGGUUGUUUCUUGCAGGCUGCAGAUGACCGAGAGUCUCCUUCAGAGGACAGCACAGGAGCAGGGAGCCUCUGAAGCUAUAGGGGACAAACUGGUCAACAAGGCCUUCACUGUCAUGGACAGUAUGGCUGCUCUAGUGGACAGGUACAGGGAGCGUCUUGCCGUUCUAUUGGAGGAGGAGAGGUACAUGCGCAGGAAAAGCUGGCAGUUGGGACUGGGUGCACUCGAAGAGCAACAGCAGCAGCUAGUGGAGGCCCAGCGAAGUGCCGCGCAGGCCCUCAGCGAGACGGACACGUGCAUUUUUAUACACAGGUUCAUGCUGAUUGAAUGUAAGCUGAGAGAAGUUGUCACGGGCGCCAUUCCCUCCGUGAUCCCCUCGAAGGCUCCGCUCAACACCAAGCGUCUCCAGGCAGGCCUCAAGACCCAGGACUUCCGCUCAGAGAUGACCCGCCUCCUGGAUUCCCUCCACAUACUCCUGAACCCCCUGGACCUCACCUUCAACCUCAGCACCGCCCACCCGAGCCUGGUGGUCUCCAAUGAUCUGCGCACAGUCAAGUACAGCCCCACCAAGCAGCCAUACGGGGAGCACCCAGAGCGUUUCACCAUCGCACCCCAGGUUCUUUGCAGCCAGGGGUUCUCGAGCGGGGAGCAUGUUUGGGUGGUAGAGGUGGGGGCCAACAGCAUGUGGUCUCUGGGCGUGUGUUACAAGAGCAUCCCUCGCCGUGGGGACCACAGUCGUUUGGGUCACAACUCCAUUUCCUGGCGGCUACAAUGGAAAAACGGCAAGCUGACAGUGUGCCAGUCUUCCAGCAAUGUGGCUCUGGGGGAAAUGACCCAUCAUCCGCUGAGGAUUGAGAUAGCGCUGGACUACGAGAGGGGGACUUUGAUGUUCCACAACACCAAAGGGCGCAGGGAACACCUCCACACCUUCAGGGCUGUGUUCAGGGAGCCGGUUUAUCCAGCGUUCAGUAUACAUUCAAACACACCGGAGUCCUGGAUCACACUGCACAAUGGGAUGUAA